ACCGCGCCGCGUCGGCACCGCGCAACAUUGAUAUCGCGUACCACCUGUGGAAGGAGCACAGAAGGGAACGUACUACUGUCUUCUACUUCGGUGGCCUCAACACCUGCCAUGGCACCACCGCAGGAUGAGACACUUGCCAACAUCCGGAAAUACGCUGCCGAAGCUCGCGAGCUGCAAGACGAUCCAAUGGAUUUUGACGCGUCUCGCACUGAGGCGCGACUGGAGCAGACUGUGAGGGAACUGCAAGCUCGCGUGCAGGAACAACAAGCUGCGCUGGAAAAGUUACGCGCUGCCUCUAGCAUAGACGUGGAAAAGGCCGCCUAUGCAUCCGAGGAUCCCAGAGAGAAGCUGAGGCAGCUGCUCGCAGUCAAGAACGCGUAUACUCGACUGACUUCGACGGCGCCCUUUCUUCCCUCUCAAGGCUCAGUUCUUCCGGCUCUCCUGGCUGCUCGCACUUUGAAGGAGAACAUCCAGGGGACGAAGGAUGCGGUCUCUAGCACUCAGGAGCAAGUCGCGAAAACGGAAGCUGCGCUCCGAAACGAGGAAACGAACCUGCAUGAUGCGCAUCUGAUCGCGCAAGCCAUGGAGAAGAGGAUCCAGAGACUCCGGGCGCAGCACGAAGAUCGAUCGCAGAAGACGCCUGCCCAGCUUGCGAAGGAGCUGAUUGCUACCAAGCGCGCCCAGAAGGAGGGCUACGAUGAGGAGAUGAAGCAGCUCGGGGGAGCUCUGAAUGAUUUCAUCAACGACUACUUAUCCGCCAUGCUUGCUGCCGAAGAGCUGGGCGGUCCUGUUGUUGGCGACAUGUUGGACGUUGAGACCGACACGCUCGCAGCUGGCUUUACGAAGAAGGGCAAGGUCAAAUCCACGAAGAAGCCGGUGUCCGACAAGACAAGGCAGCGAAGAAUUGAUCAGAUUUGGGGCGACAAGGCUGCUAUUGAUGAAGAGGAGGAGCCGCUGACAGAGGCCGAAGCUGCUGAUAAUGAGAUGCGCCAGCUAAUUGAGAACCUCUUCGCAACUUUGACAGGCCCUGGAGGGGGCAGGGCUUACUAUGAGCUGGACAGAGAUUCGGCAGCGUCGAGAUUCCUCGUCAGGGCGAAGAUCGCACAGUUCCAUCCAAAAGAUGCGAGAAAGCUGCGGCUGGUAGACUUUGGGAGAGAGCUCGAUGAUUGAUAGCCGUCACGGCUCGUAUGCGCCAGCCCCUUUGGAAGAUGCUGAUGUGACUGUCUGUUUUCUGAUAUCUCGACGAGUCUCUGUUCCUUUCUGACGGUUUCAUGUCUUGAUACCCAAUCUGUGGCGGUGCGCCACAAAAG